CCCGCGCCCGAAAGUCUUGUUUUAACUUGUUUGAUGAGUUGUUUUUACUGAAAUAUCGGCGAUAAAAGAUGAAUUUACUGUGUGCCAUUUGUUCGGAUCUCUUCCUGCCUUCGGACGAUGUCCAUAGUACCACCUGUGGCCAUAUGUUCCACUAUGCGUGCCUUCUCCAGUGGCUUCAACGCUCGCCAACCUGUCCCCAGUGCCGGAACCGGUGCACGGAAUCGAAGCUAGUUAAAGUGUACUUCAACGUCGCAGCUAGCGCCACGGCCGAAGACGGUGCCCAGCUGCUGGUGAAGCUGGACAAUCUAACACUGCGGCUGCACGAGAGUGAAAAAUCGUUGAAAGACUUCCAGAAAAAGAAUGCCGACCACAAGGAGGAACAGAAGAAGGUGCGCAAAAUACUGCUGGGGCUGGAGGAUCAGCUGCGCGCGAAAGAGACCGCCCUGUUUGCGUACAAACACGAGAUCGAUAUGCUGCGCGGCGAUCGGAAGUUGAUGGUGAAGAUGCAAGAGGAACUGGACACGCUCCGACCGAAACUGGAGGCGUACGCCACGAUCAAGCAAGCCCUAACGUCCACCGUGCAGGAAGUGGAACAGAUGCUGACUAGUGAUACCCGCCGAGAGACGGUCAUAGCGCUGGCCGCUGCCCUCAAGCGGGAGCUGCAGGCGCAGGAAAUGAAACGGAAAGAACAGAGCGAUCGGAUACACCGUCUGCAGAAUGAGCUCUCGGAAGAGCGCCGUAAGCGGAAAGCGCUCGAGGAGAACAUUUCGACGUACGAGAGUGAACUGUAUCGACUUAACCAGCUGCUGCCAAACGCGGUGAAAGAUAGUAAGAACGUAUCCAGCGACAGUAUAUCGCCCGAUGGAUCGAUCAUCCUCAACACACCCGAUCAGGUGGCUCCGGUGCGUCGCAAACGCCCGUUGGCCGAGGAUCUGAACAGCAGCACACCGCUGACGGAAAAGGUUCGCAAAAUUCUGACCUCCACCUCACCGUAUCUGCGCAUCAAGACGAGCAACGUAGGCCUUGCACCGCUCAUGCGAGCCGGUCUCAGUGCCAAACCGUUGGCCAAAAGCGAUCCAAGCGACACUGCACGCGCGCCACUAGGCAAACAAGGCUCCGGAACGGUGGCCGGAUCCUCUGGCACCUCUGGCACGUCCAAGUUUUCCAUAUUCGCUAACCAACGUCCAUCGCAUUCGAUCACGAAACCAGCAAGCUUGCGGGAUCCUCUCACCGGGUUAGAGCGCGCUGGCACUUCUUCACAUCGCAAGGAAAAUCUGGAGGAGGAACCUGAACCGGAACGAAGUGAACCACCACGGUUUAAACUCACUUCAACCACCGUUACGGCAAGGCUUAAGGCGGGCAAACUGAAACGCCAUCCUUCGACGACGGUUGCAAGCGGUGGCACAGCGCUCGAAGGCAUCACGGAUCUCGAUUUAGAAGAUAUUGUUAACGUAUGAAACGCACGCACUUUAGAAUAAACGGCAAUUUGGUUAAACCACAAUCUCA